CAAACAACCAAUUUCUUACAUUUUUCCAAUCCUCCCAACCAAAACACAAGAGCCAAGAACAAAGAAACCAUGGAUCAUGAUCACAUGCAUGGCAUGCCUCCACCAUCAUCCAUGAUGAACAAUGGAUCGAUGAACGGAGGAGGAGGACAACACCACAUGAAGAUGAUGAUGCACAUGACAUUCUUUUGGGGCAAGAACACGGAGGUUCUCUUCUCCGGUUGGCCCGGAACAAGCUCCGGCAUGUAUGCUCUUUGUCUCAUCUUUGUCUUCUUCCUCGCCGUCCUCACCGAAUGGCUUGCUCAUUCCUCCAUCCUCCGUGGCUCCACCGGAGAUUCGGCUAAUCGAGCCGCCGGGCUAAUCCAAACCGCCGUGUAUACCCUCCGUACCGGUCUUGCCUAUCUAGUCAUGCUCGCCGUCAUGUCGUUUAACGCCGGUGUGUUUCUCGUCGCUCUCGCCGGUCAUGCCGUUGGUUUCAUGUUGUUCGGAAGCCAAACUUUCCGGAAUACCUCCGAUGACCGGAAAACUAACUAUGUUCCUCCUUCAGGUUGUGCUUGUUGAUGAUAAUAUUAUGAUUUAUAUAUAUGUAUGGAUUCAUGCUUGUGGUUCAAAUUAAAGAUCUAGGGUUUGUAGUUUUCUUGGUUAUUUUGUGGAUUUGUUCUUGAGGUUCAUGUGUGUGAAUGUGAGGAGGAGAAAUAUUUGAUAUUUUCUAUUUGUUUUGCUUUAAAAUAUUUUGUUUUAUUCUGCUGGCUAAUGGUGAAAGCUGAAUAUACAGUUUACUACUUU